AUGCCGUUUGAAGACUCAAAGUAUGAGAUAAACGAAGAGACACGUAACCUACCAUCAACCGUCAGUUAUUUUCCAACAAUAGCUGAUUUAGAAGAUCAAGCAACCAGUGACUCAGUCGAAGAAUAUGAUGACUCGGUGUUGAAAAAAAUCAGCUUGUUGCAAAUAAAGCUUGAACAGUUGCAAUAUUCUAGAGAUUCAAAGAAUAUCGGUGGCCUAAAUUGGAAUUUUAACAAAUUCUCAGGUCACACGUUGUACGCGUUGGCCAAUGAAGUUUUUGGAUUUAAUGGAUGGUCUACUUCCAUAGAGGAAUGUAUCAUUCUGGAGACAAAUGUUUCUCGUGGCCAAGGGGGGGAAGAGGAGGCAAAUGGUGAAUCAAUUGAUAACGCGUCUAUACAGAGUGCUUCAACUUCGGAGAGGAGUACACCCAAUGUGUUUAAUGACGCGAUUGUUAACUGUGAAGAAACCAGCAAGGAUAAUGGCUUAAGGUACUCGGCAAAGUGCAUUUGUGUAGUACGCUUAACUUUGGAGGAGGGAACGUGUACUGAAGGGAUAGGUGAAGGCACGGCAACGAAUCUUCCUCAUAGAUACAUGUGUUAUUCGAAAUGCAAGAAAGAGGCAGUCACUGAUGGCAUAAAGAAUGCAAUAAUCGGCCUACGCGGUUUAUACUUUCGGUAUGAGCUGAAAAAAGUCAGUGAGGAAUUGUGUAUCCCCUUGACUCAUUAA